AUGUCUGGUGAGCCACAGGCGUUGCGGCGGUCCCCGCGGCGGCCUCUGCCAGAGGCAAAGCUCUACGAAACUGGGGUCGACAUGCGCUCGGAGCUCAAACGCGCCCGUAGCAACAUGCGCAAGCUAUUGAAGCAGAACAAGCGUGAUAACGUCGAGCUUUCGGACCUGGAGGAACUCGACCCAGGCAUAUGCAGCGAUGAAGAUGACGACUACAAGUCAGGCGACGAGACCUCAGAAGGGGCAGCCAACGAGUCACUCGAAGAAGGUGAGGUAGACGAACGGGACGCUACGCCACCACCCUUGACAGCACCAUCCUCUCCUCCCCAUCCCAACGACGAUGGAGACGAGUCCCGCGAAGAAGGCGAGCUUGAUGUGGGGGAUCCUAUGCCACCACGCUCAAGAACACCGCCGUCUCCCCCGAAACCUCCUUCUGCGAAGAGACAGCGUGCGACAAGUCGGACUCGUCCUGCCAUUGUGUUAGCGCGAGCCUCAACAUCGGUCACCACCACCGCUAAUCCCCACGCUGCCCCACCCCCCGUUGUCGAAGCUGCGACCGACAAAAACAAGCGUCGAAACGAGCUCUACGCGGCGCGAAGGAGGAAGCAGGAUGAGCGCAAGAGGGAGGAGAAGAAGACCACGGCCGUGCCGCACAACGCCCUGCCUGACCCGCCCAAGGGCCUCCGCUUUGUCCGGCGGUACAUCAAUGCCGACGAGACCGUCUUCGAAGAGGUCUCAGUCGCGGAGUACAAGGUGGAGAAGUAUGGGUACCAAGCCCUCCACGACCCUGUCAAAACCAAGACACCCCCAACAGUCGAACAACUUGAAGACCGCGAGUACUCAUUCCUCGACUGGGACGGACUGUAA